AUGGACAGCGAUGAUGGGUUUGAUUAUUUGUUCAAAAUUGUGCUUGUCGGUGAUAUGGGAGUGGGGAAAACUUGUGUAGUUCAACGAUUUCGGAGUGGAAAUUUUGUGGAUCGUCAAGGAACCACAAUCGGAGUUGAUUUUACCAUGAAAACGCUCAAUGUUGAUGGGAAACGCGUCAAGCUUCAAAUAUGGGACACAGGAGGUCAAGAGAGAUUCCGAACAAUCACACAGUCCUACUAUCGAUCUGCUAAUGGAAUAGUACUAUGUUAUGACAUUACGUGCAAACAAUCAUUUGGCAGUCUUCAGCGUUGGAUUGAUGAUGUGUCGAAGUUUGCAGCACCGAACGUUGCAAAGCUUUUGAUUGGUACAAAAUGUGACCUGGAAGAUCAACGAGCAAUAGAAACAGAAGAGGCGGAACUGCUGCAGAGAGCUAAUGGAAUGUUUGAAAUGCUUGAGACCAGUGCUAAAAAUGAUAUCAACGUUGAUAAUGCGUUCCUCGAAUUAGCGACGAUUCUCAAGCGUCAGUAUGAUCAAGGAGUUGUUGAACAAGGAGCGAGCGGUACUUUCCAGCUCGGAUCAGGCGGAACCACAUCGAUAAAUUCACCAUGGCAACGAUGUUGUCAAUAUGCAUAG